AUGAAGGCCAGGAACACCUACAAGUCGAAUUAUCAAGGUGACGCUGCCAACGCUUUCGGGAAUCUCCUGAAAACAAAGAUCAAAGAUCCCAGCGUACACGACUUUAUUACACCGAACUUUUCUACCACGACUCCGAACGACAAGAUCAUCUGCUCGAUUAUCAUGAUGGGCACACUCAAGGCAUAUUUCAGCUAUGGAAUCAGUGUCCGUUGCGGGAUCCCAUCCAUCACGUUCGAAGGUGAACAAGAAGACGAUGCAUCCAUCCUCCAACGUCUCGACAAGCUCUCCGAGUUUGGUGAGGAGCCGACCAUUUUUACUCGAUUGCUCCGUCCAACGAUUGAUUCCAAGAUGACCACAGAGGAACGUGAGUUCAUAGAAAAGUAUACGGCGAAUCCAGGUGCCUAUGACUAUACUGGGCCACCGUUUACCAUGAUAGACGGCUUGCGGUACCCAGUGCUCGCGACUCACAAGAUUCCAAGUGGAUCAUGCGAGGUAGAAAUCACUAUACACGACGAUCCCGUCGACAUUCCUUGUGUCUUGGUUGCAGGACAUGUCGCUAUGGUGGCUAGUGCGACUGGGAAGACAUUGAACACUUUACGUCCUGAACCACAAUGGUUCAUGUUCACCCAAGAGAAAACAAAGGCGGAACAGGACCAAAUGGAGGACAUGUUUGCGGAGUUUGAUACGAUGUAA